AUGGACGGCAAGCCGUUCUCAAACGUGCCGUACUCUGUUGCCUCCACCACGUCGACAACCCAUGGGGCUCCCCAUCUUCAUCGCGCUUCUUCUGCAUACCCAGGCGUGACACAGUCACCCCAGGAUCCAAAUUUAUACCAGGGGAGCCAAUGCACACAGCCUCCGUCAUACAGUCAAGAUUUGUAUACUUCAGCGUCCCACCACCACCGUCAGCAUGGGUUUGGGCCUGACUCGCGACUCAAUGUAUACCCAGAAUCAAGCCAGCGCACGCCGCUCCACGAAUCAACAACCGAGAGCCUGGAUUUUGGCCUCCCAAGCACGAUCAAUGCCCCACAUUUAGCAACAAGUUUGAACCCCGCUCAUGGGCAUAAUCACUUCGACAAUCAUCGUGGCUUUCUUCCUUCCUCAACGGGAAGUCAAUCUUCGUCGGCCAUCCCUCUAGAUCAUUCGCUUCCCCGCAAGCGCUCAAUUCUAGAAUUCCAUUCGUCGCCACGCUUUUAUACACCGCCGCACCCUCAACCUUUGGCAUACCCCGCCGAUUAUGCAUCAGCGUCUACGCCUUCGGGAGUGUUGCACGAGGAUGCUACCCAACCGCUGAAUUCCUUCUCUCAUACGUCCCAAAACCCCGAAAUAUCCCCUAAUCACGCCGCACCCUCACUCUCAACCAUGUCAUACCCUCAUAUCGCCAACACCACUGGUCACGUAUCCUCCCUCAACCUAUCAAAUCCUGAAACACAUCAUAAUUCGAACCCGCCAAAAGUCCCCGUUCCAAUCCCCCCACCAAUCCCCACCUCCAUUCCCAUGCGUAGAGCAUCGCCUGACGAAUGGGUCUCUCAAAGCCAAUUCCCUCCAGGUCAACAGAACAACAGUCCAAAUGAACAAUGUUCCUCUUCUAUGAUGCCCAUUGAACCCCAUGUUCCCGAACGUCCGGGUACUGCGACACUAUCUACCCACUACCGAGAUGCAAAUUCCAAAAUUGACCAACUGCGUGCCCCAUCCCCUUCCAGUUCAUCUCUUCCGCAGAACGAGUCGAAAUCUCAAUCUCCUCCUCCUUCCGAGGAACCUCCUACCGAUGGACUACCUCCCAAGAAGAAGAAGAAAUCGAAAAUGCAUACUUGUGAAAUAUGUGACAAGAAGUUCCCUAGGCCCAGUGGCCUACGGACCCAUAUGAACACGCACAACAAUGCCAGACCAUACCCAUGCGGCUUCCCAGGUUGCACGCGCACCUUUGGCGUUCGCUCGAACGCGAAGCGCCAUUUGCGCACGCAUGGUGUUAUCCCCCAGCCAUCCAACGAUGUGCCCGCUGAGGCGGCGUACGUCGUUGGAUUCAGUCCACCCGUUGUCAGCCCCUCUGUGGACACCAACAUCCAAACCGAUGCCACAGCGGACGGCAACCACCAGCAACCUCGACACCAAAUGUCGCGAGCGCCGUUUUUCAAGCUACGGUGGAUGCCGCCUAGUUUGACGAGCAGGACCAACGCUGCGUCGUUGAAGUCUGUGUCGGAAAGCGGGGACAUUUCUGACGAUGACGAUGGGGAAGAUGAUGGAGCAGCAGGCAUGCUGACGCUGCACCCGCCGCAAGAUGGGAUGCGGUUCAUUGGCGCAGGUCAGCGUGAUGGCAAUGAAUAUCCUUCUUCAGCUUCCUCUCCAUCCUCUACGAGGAACACGUGUCUUUGUGCUUUGCCCUGCUCCUCCAGUCCUUGUCUGUCCUUGGGAUCCGUGGCCGACGACAGUUCGUUGUCUAAUUCGUUCUCGGCGCAUUCGUAUUCAUCCUCGCCCUGCGCCUCUUCAUCGUCAGCCUAUGGCAGCGCAGUGUCCCACACUGUCCAACAAAAGCCAAGAAUUCCGGUGUAUGAUUCCAGUGGGACGUAUCAUUCUUCGCAGGUAGAUGGUUCAAGUUCUUUCCAGUAUGAGACUUGA